CGGCUGCAAGCGUUUUUGUUUUCUGUUUGGUGCGUGUCGUGAGGGUUCAGUCUGAGCCUGAACGCAACUGAACCAUAUCCGUUGUCAAGAGAAACGUUGGCGUUUUACUACCUCCCAGGUGAUAGCUUCUAGCCGGAGAAAUGUUUGGGUGUAUCUGGCAGUAUGUCUACACAACCUUCCUGAGAUACUGGCUGAAGUGGCUCAUCAGACAGGCAACAGGGACAUGUGAGCUUCAGAGAAUUUGCUCCGGGUAUAAGCCGGGGGCUUCCAUGACUACGAGAGCAGAAUACUCUCUGAAAUCAUCUAAGAGCCAGGUUUUAAGAGGAUCCUUGGACACCAACACGGAGAAUUUGGAGCAAUGUGUGGAUCAAAUCAUGAGGGCGAAGAGUAUACAACCUCAAAAGAAUCCCCAAUUCAAGGGGACACUCCACACCUGUCUGCUGCAGAUAACUGGAUACAGCAGCUUGUACACAUCUGUAGAAGACCUGAGGAAAGUCGUCUUCAGCUCAGAGAACCCCGAUCACGAGGCCAUGCUUUUGAAGAUUUAUUCCCUCUUCCAGCUGUGGGACCAUUUGAUGCCAGGAGCCAAACUGGAGUCUAGAAUAACCAAGCAGUGGGGAGACAUCGGAUUCCAAGGAGAUGACCCAAAAACUGACUUCAGAGGAAUGGGCCUGCUGGGUCUGAUCAACCUGGUUUUUUUCAGUGAAAACUACACAGCAGAAGCCCGUCAGGUGUUGUCUCAUGCAAACCACCCUGAAUUUGGGUAUUCCUACGCUAUAGUUGGGAUCAACCUGACUGAAAUGGCCUACAGCCUGUUGAGGAGCGGUGCUUUGAAGCCACAUUUCUACAACACAGUCCAAGGCCGUCCCGAACUGAAGCACUUUCAUCAGCUCUACUGUUACCUGGUGUACGAGUUUGAUAAAUUCUGGGUGUCAGAAAAACCAGAAAGCAUCAUGCAGUUCAACCAGUACAGAGAACAAUUCCACGAAGUGGUGAAGACCCUUCUACGGAGCCCCGACGUGUCUCUCAAGCUGGAUUCCAACUCUAACUAACGCGUUUCGGAAGUUUGAUCGGACAGAUAGGAGCUGAGGCAGGCGAGCAGGAGAGGAGAGCUUGUUAGCUUCAAACUAAAACGUCUCCACCGUUUGUAUAGUGAUUCACCAGCGACUCUCCGUCCGUCUCGUUGCUGUGAUGAGAAGGUUUUCCACAUACAGCACAAGUCUGGACUCCCCCACGCCUCAAAAAUGACCAUUCCAGUGGGUGAAUUGUUUUAGCCUGGCCCGCCAGACUCGCUCUGUUUAAUUCUGCACAGAGACUGAGAAUUAAACAGAGCGAGUCUGUCUGGCCAGGCUAGAAUAGUUUGAACUGGAAACACGAGAGCUGCUGCUAAUGAUUCAUGAGUCUUUUAAGCCCUUUUGAGGGUUGCAUUUCUGCAGGAGAAUAAAGUUAAAAGAAUUAUUUGUGUAUAAUUCGUGUGUUUUCAUCGUUUUGCUCAUACGUUUCUGCUUGAUGUAUUUUGAAGCUCUACAUUCCCCAGCUGUAAUGAAUUAGUACAUUCUGACUUUUUAUUGUUUUAACGAGGAAGGAUUGUAAAUACUCACACGUCUUACUUAAAGUUAAUAAAGUUGCCGUUGAUUUAAAAA